AUGGUUGAUGAGGAUGAUAUGCCUCUGAUUGCAAUGAUAACCUCUAUACGUUUGGUUCUUGCAAUUGCGGCUCUAAGAAAUUUGGAAGUUCACCAAAUAGAUGUAAAAACCGCAUUUCUAAAUGGCGAUUUAAAAGAAGAAAUUUACAUGGAACAAUCUGAUGGUUUUUCAGCCCCAGGAAACGAGUGCAAAUUGAUUAAUAAUACAAAACAAUCAACUUUGGGCCAAUUCUAUUAUCAGGCUUUGCAUAAGGAAAUCGACGACUUGUUCUUCCGACUGGAUGAUAAUGACGAUUUGAGUAAACCUGAUGAAGAGGAACAAGAUGGUGAUGGCGAUAAGCACAAGGAGGCGGAUAUGAUGGAGGCGUUCAAAGUAUUUGAUGAAGACGAAGAUGGAUACAUAUCGGCGAAAGAGUUACAAACCGUGUUGGUGAAGUUAGGGUUUGCGGAAGGUAAUGAGUUUGGAAGAGUGGAGAUGAUGAUCUCAUCUGUUGAUCGGAAUCAUGAUGGACUUGUUGAUUUUACCGAGUUUAAGGAUAUGAUGCGUAUUGUGAUUGUUCUCAGGUGAAUUGCGGUUAACGUCGUCGUCAUCGUGGCCAUAUUCCAGUAGUUUUUGUGUGAUAACGGUUUUUUUCUGGCGACUGUAACAGAUUUCAGC